AUCGAAGAUUCUCACUCUCUUUACAGAUUUUCCAAAUUUUUUUUAUCAAUCUUAAUUUAAUAAAAAAUAAUCCACCUCUAUUAUAUUUUCAGCAAUCUCUUAACGAUUUUCUAUGUUUGACAUUAUUUCUUGAUUUAAUGUAUUGUUGAAAAGGACCCCAAAAGGUUAUAAAUUUAUAACGUAAGGUCUUUCGUUUGGUGAUAUAAUAGUAAUAAACAAAAAUUGUCAAUUUCCAUAAUGUUGUGUAGAAAAAAUUCAAGUUUUGAUGAUAGAGGAUCAGUGCCAGUGUCGUUAAAUGUGUAUGAUUUAACACCAUUUAAUGGCUAUGCAUAUUGGCUUGGUCUUGGAGUCUACCAUUCUGGAGUUCAAGUUCAUGGUGUAGAGUAUGCAUUUGGAGCUCAUGAGUAUCCAACGACUGGGAUUUUUGAGGCAGAGCCGAAACAGUGUGAUGGGUUUACAUUUAGGAAGACAAUUUUGAUUGGCAAAACUGAUAUGGGGCUUUCGGAAGUGAGGGCAGUAAUGGAGGAGUUAGCAGAUGAUUAUAAAGGAAAUGCAUAUAAUUUAAUCACUAAAAACUGUAACCAUUUUUGCAACGAUGCUUGUACUCGACUCACCGGAAAUCCAAUCCCCAGAUGGGUCAAUCGCCUCGCCAGAAUCGGAUUUUUCUGUAAUUGUAUUCUUCCGGCGACUUUAAAUUCGACUAAAAUCCGGAAUCAUAGAAUAGAAGAUAAAGUUUAUGAAGGGGAGAAGAAGACAUCGACAAGUGAAUCGAAUAGAUUCACAUCUUCAAAUUCGUCUUCAUCAUCAUCGUCUUCUCCUUCCAGGACUCAAUUUCGGGGUAGAAGUAGAACCAGGCGAGCUCUUCCUCCAUCUUCCCCUUUGAUUCUUGGUUCUUCAUCAUCUUGAUGUUCAAAGUGUUACAAAUAUUGAAAUUCCUAUCCAUUUUUUUCACUCAAGCUGCACAAUGAAAGGUCGCAAAGCAAAGCGAAAUUUUAAUUAUUUGUUUGAUUCUUUCUUGUGAUUUGAUGGGGCUAACAUAUUAUCAAGAAACUUUGCAGUUGCAGGAAUGUUGCACAUAUUUGUACAAUUGUAUGCUUCAGCUUCAAUUCAGUUUUUGUUAUUGUGUCUCUGCAAAA